AUGUCUUCAAUGCAAACAGCGAAAGUUUGCUCUCUCAAUCAUGAUGACUACCAGCUUCACGAAAGGCCGUCACCGUCAAGGAAACGUCUGAGAGGAGCUCGCGCCUGCUCUUCCUGUCGUCUCAAGAAGAUCAAGUGCUCGGCGACGCUUCCAGCAUGUGUCGCAUGUCAACAGAAGGACAUCAGAUGCACUUAUCCGCCGCUCAAGCGUUAUCGACGCGCUCCAGAAGGCUACUUGCUUGACGGGACCACACUGGAGGAGGAGGCACCUCAGCAACGCGAAUGCUCCUUUCUAGAAAGAGAACGAGGCUUACAGUUUGUUUCGGAAAACUCAAGCAGUCCUUCCACCACAGAAUUAGCCGAGCAAGACCGACAUCAGCAGCAGCAGGAGCUUGAAAAUGAUCACCAAAACGACCUGAUCAUUGAUGGGGGGUAUGAACGUGAGCACGAGCAUCAGCAUGUACAACAAUGCAGCGUGGAACAAGAGAAAGGACGAGAACCGGAGCUGGAACCGGAAUCGGAAGAUAGGCGGGAAUGGACUCACCAGAAACAGCGUCAGCAACAGGAUGAGGGCGAUCAACGACUGAAGCAUCAACAGCAUCAGCUGCAAAGGGUAGAACUGAAUCGGCAGCGUCAAUCUACGAGACAUCCUGCAAGAUACGAAGAAACAACAACGAUACCAUUGUCUUCACCCGCAGACUCGUCAGUAUCAUGGCAUCCAUCAUCAACAGAGUCUGUAACAAGAGGCUCAGGGUAUGUUGGCCCGAGCCGCAACCAAAUAGACACGCUCCUUGAUGUCUUCUUCAAGUUCGUCUAUCCAAUGCCAUCAUACGCAUUCCUACAUCCAGAAGCCACCAGGAGAAGGUGCCGUUCGCAUGAUGUGCAUCGUGCCCUUCCUGCCUCUAUUUGUGCAGUUGCAAUGUUGUACCUGCACAGAGAAGUUAAUCUCGAUCUUGAUCGUCGACAGGACUCGGGUCAAAGAGCGCUCGGCCGCAUUGUUACCUCCGCUGACGAUACGUGGAUAAGGAUAGCCGAGGAGAGCAUCUGGCAAAGUCUCGAAUCGCCAAGUAUAACCAAACUCCAGGCACUUCUCCUCGUAAUUCACCACUACCUUCAGCUGCCUAGUCAGCUUUCUGCAUGCAUGGAGAAACCAGCACCGAUCCUGGAAGCUCUCUUGAGCGCGGACGAAUCAUUCGACCCCCUUGGCAACAGUAGCAACGGAGACAGGUCAACCUCCCGAUGGCUACCUCGCCUAUUGCUGGCCCACAUCUCCUGGCACCAAGCACACUGCGACAUCAACCGCAUCCUUUUGCCUGGGUACUCAGAAGCGGCUCCCGCUGCCGUGCUCGUUGGCCACGACCACCAGGCUCUUCUUGCUGCUGAGGCUCAGUGCUUGCAUCACGCAAUGCGAAUCAUCUAUAUCCUCACCGCGCUCAACCAGCACAGCACGCAACACCAUCUCCUUGAAUUCGACACAGCUAUUUGUGCUUAUCAUGCCACCCGCCUCAUCCUCUUCAUCUCUCGAUUCGGUCAAGGACCUGCUCGGCCGUCACCAGAAUUCGCUCUUAGUCGUGCCGAGCUUUGCCUAGCUGCGCUCAAGAGGUUCUUCCGAUUCUCAGCGCUUGUUAGUCCUGUCCUUGGGGAGCUGGAGGAGUCCAUCGCCAUUUUCUCAGAGCAGCAAAAGAAGAGACGGAAUAUUCCUGGCGGUCAGCCCGAGGCCGCUGGAACUCCAGCGAGCCAGGGAACCGCUGCCGCAGCAAAUGCAACACCUUUUGUGGGAGCUAUGCCUAACAAAACCCCGCCAGGUUUCUCGGGAAUCACAUCAAACGAGACAGACACACCUGGUUCCUGCCCAGCAACUGUACCAGCGAUGAACAGCGAACCUACAGAGGGUCGGGCUUUACAAAGUAAGGCCCUCCAACCUUCCUCGCUACAGAGUCAAAGGAGAUCAGAGGGUCACUUUUCCGAAGCUGUGCGUGCUCGCCAGCGCCUAGCUGUACAUAGUCUAUUGCGGCGGGCUGAAUUGUCAAAUGUCGAAGGCGAUGACGAAGAGUACCAGGGGCCGCAUACUGACGAAGCAACCCCUGGUUCUGAUACGACACCUCGGCGUCCACCAUUUACAAUGGAUGGUGACCAACACGAUACUCCCAUCCGGGGAAGCCAUGGAACUUCUGAAGAGGAAAGACCUUGCGUUGUUGUCGCAUCGACUGCUCCCGCUGAUGCGACCACCAGUUUGCAAUCAACAAUCCCUACUCGGAGAACGUACUCCACGAACAACAAUCAUGCCACAAAAGAAAAGUCUCGACCCUAUUCGGCCAAGUCUCAAGAUCAGGAGCCAACGAGCACUCGCAGCCAUGCUGUGCCGGGUCUCUUCGCGUGGUGGGCUCCCCAGGAUUGGGCAUGGCUCCUCGAGGAUCAACUCGUGGAAUUGAGCAAAAGCACUCACCCUCAACGGCCUGCGGAGAUGUUCCGUUUUUCCGUCACGCCCCUAGCUCUUGUUGGGUCCUUGGCCUACACUGUGAUCGCGGCACCAGCCCCAAACAGCGAGGCCUGGAAGAACAAAGCUCUCUCCCCAGCCGAGCGCGCGGAAGCUCUCUUGCCUACACUUGAAUGGACAGAGAAGAUUGCUCAGCUAGGUGGUAUAAGAAAGCUUCUGGAUCCUAACUCAUCUUUCAACCAGACUGCAUACGAUGCACUGUAUCCUCUGCAACACGGUAUACUAGGCUACGGCUCACAACUGAAUCCUGCUGAAAAGGUGUUGCCAUUUGCAAACAAGGUCCGACAGGAACAGAUGCAGAAUGGCAAAGUUCCAUACAUUACAGUCACAGAUUCGGUCAACUCCAUAUAUGUGCCCGGUGGGACCUUGUUCCCGGCAACACUGUCACUCUCCACUACAUGGGACCUAGAUCUGUAUGGCCAAGUAGCGGAAGCGAUUCGAGACGAGAACAUGGCUCUCGGGGCGCACUGGGUACUAAGUCCCGAGCUGGAUGUAGCCAUGGAUCCCAGAUACGGCCGUGUGGGUGAGACCUACGGUGAAGAUGUCUACCUCGUCGGCGAGUUCGCAGCCCAGUAUGUCCGAACCAUGGAAGAGAAAGACAAGAACGGAUUCAUCAAAGUCGCCACGAUGGACAAGCACUUUCGUUACCGAGAAGGCGCGGGUGGUAUCAACACUGCAAGCAUGGCGGGUGGCACCAAUCAUUUGUACAACGACCUCGCCCUUCCUUACGUUCGCGUGCUCAGGGAAAGGCCUGCGGCGAUCAUGGUGUCGUACUUCAGCAUCGACCGGGUACCCAUUUCAAUCAACAAGCAGCUUCUGCAGAGUAUGCUCAGAUCUGAAAUGGGCUUUGAUGGCCUGCUCAUGUCGGAUGCCAUGGCCGUUCCACAGCUUCAUACCCAAAGCCUCGUGGCCUCAUCUCUCCAGGAUGCAGCUACCAAAGCCCUCCUUGGUCCCAUGGCCGACAUUUUGAACCCCAGAAGCUAUGCACCUAAAAUCUCGACCACUUGCCGUUUACUCUAG